AUGUCAUCGAAUUCACAUUUUCGUGUAAUCCUUAUAAGACUGAAGCCUUGGAAGCGUCUGGGAAGAUAUAAACUACUCUUGACGCGUCGUCUCCCACCCCGAGACAACUCGCGAACACAGCUGGAGUUGCGGUGCAAUGACAAUGUUUGGACGCCGCCGCAUCCUUGGGACGUCCGCGCCGCGCGCAGCAUCCGCAAUGAGACCGGCCGGACGUCCCUCGACCGCUGCACUAAUUUAUAG